GAACUGACAUGUGCACUUUGGUCCAGUCUUGCUGAAGAAGAAAGCGGGAGGAAGCCGAAGCCGAGUAGAAAGGAACCAAAUAAGACCUCGGUCAAAAUUUGGAGAAAGGAACCAAACACCCCAUUUUUUGCCGCUUCGGAGGCACCUUCGAACAAAGCCCAAAAGCAGCCAGCGCACCGCAUGUCCUCGUCUUCGGCGCACCAGAAGGCGUCGCCGCCGAUAGAGGAGGAAGCGACGGAGCACGGACCCUUCCCCAUCGAACAGCUACAGGCAUCUGGAAUAGCUGCACUUGAUGUGAAAAAACUCAAAGAUGCUGGUCUCUGCACAGUGGAAUCUGUAGCAUACUCUCCAAGGAAAGACCUUUUGCAAAUUAAAGGGAUUAGUGAAGCCAAAGUCGACAAGAUAAUUGAAGCAGCUUCCAAGUUGGUUCCACUCGGAUUUACUAGUGCUAGCCAACUUCAUGCACAGAGACUUGAGAUCAUCCAGCUUACAACUGGAUCUAGAGAGCUUGAUCAAAUUUUGGACGGUGGAAUAGAAACAGGAUCUAUCACAGAGAUGUAUGGUGAAUUUCGCUCCGGGAAGACUCAGUUGUGCCACACUCUCUGUGUCACAUGUCAGCUCCCAUUGGACCAAGGUGGUGGUGAAGGAAAGGCUUUGUAUAUUGAUGCAGAGGGUACAUUCAGGCCUCAAAGAAUUCUCCAGAUAGCAGACAGGUUUGGCUUGAAUGGCGCUGAUGUACUAGAGAAUGUGGCUUAUGCCAGAGCAUAUAACACUGAUCAUCAAUCAAGACUUUUGCUAGAAGCAGCCUCCAUGAUGGUAGAGACCAGGUUUGCUCUCAUGGUUGUGGAUAGUGCUACAGCCCUUUACAGAACUGAUUUCUCUGGUAGAGGGGAGCUAUCAGCAAGGCAGAUGCAUCUGGCGAAGUUUCUUAGGAGCCUUCAAAAGUUAGCAGAUGAGUUUGGAGUGGCAGUGGUAAUCACGAACCAAGUAGUGGCUCAAGUGGAUGGUGCUGCAAUGUUUGCUGGGCCACAGAUCAAGCCCAUUGGAGGGAACAUCAUGGCUCAUGCUUCCACAACUAGGCUCUUUCUUCGCAAGGGAAGAGGGGAGGAGCGGAUCUGCAAAGUAAUCAGCUCUCCCUGCCUGGCUGAAGCUGAAGCAAGGUUUCAGAUAUCAUCUGAGGGUGUCACUGAUGUCAAGGACUGAAAGCAUCCUCAUUUGCAGUCCACAGCAUAACUUGCCAAUUCAGACGAAUCUCUGAUCUGCUGCACUCGUGUCGGUCCCUUGUACAAUCAAAAUACCAGUACAGGCUUCCAGAAUGCGAAUGCAAAUCCGUUGGAGUGUGGCACUGUCAUCCUGUUGUCUUUAGGUACCAUCUAAAGUUGGCAUUGUUGUAAAGUGGUAGAGCGCAAGGCUCUACUUUGUAGCCGUGGAUUCGAGCCCUAUGGUGGGCGUUAUUUAAUUUUUUUGGCGAAAAAGCCUUUAAUUGAGUUGUUUAGGUGAUAUGAAUAACUCUUUAGGUCAUGGAGUUCGACUCCAUGGGAGUUUAAGCUGGGUUAAAAAAAAUUAUGGUCACGAUCUUUUUCACAUGGGCUACUGUAACAUCUCGUCUACUCCUGAACCGAUGUUAAGCUUUUUAGGACUAUAGAUCAUCUUCAUAU